UCUGGGAUAAUUCUCUUCCUGCUCCAAGUCCUCAGUUAUUGUUGGGCUGUGCCACCUCUGCUCACCACAUUGUACCAGGCCCUGGCUUCCUGCUAAUUCUACAGGUGGAGAAAACAUAUAAAAAGCAUAGUCUAUGUCCAGCAAGCCAGUCCCUGGGAUCUAUCACUGCCAUGAAGUUCCUUCUGAUCUGUGUGCUCCUUGGAGCAGCUGCUGCAUUUGAGGAUGACGAUAAGAUCGUCGGAGGUUUCACCUGCACCAAGAACUCCGUUCCCUAUGUUGUGUCCCUGAAUUCUGGAUACCACUUCUGUGGUGGUACCCUGAUUACCAGCCUGUGGGUGGUCUCUGCUGCUCAUUGCUACAAGGCGAGCGUCCAGGUCAGACUGGGAGAGCAUAACAUCGCUACAAGUGAGGGUACCGAGCAGUUCAUCAACUCCGCCAAGGUCAUCAGACAUGGCAGCUACAACUCCAGAACCAUGGACAACGACAUCUGGUUGAUCAAGCUGGCCUCCCCCGCUUCCCUCAACUCCUACGUCAAGACUGCGUCUCUCCCCUCUGGAUGUGCAGGCGCCGGCACCAGCUGUCUGAUCGCCGGCUGGGGAAACACACUCAGCAGCGGCACCAACAUGCCAAACCUCCUCCAGUGCCUGAACGCCCCCAUCCUGACCUCCGCUCAGUGCAGCAGCUCCUACCCAGGAGAGAUCACCAAUAACAUGAUCUGUGUUGGUUACCUGGAAGGUGGCAAGGAUUCCUGCCAGGGUGACUCUGGCGGACCCGUGGUCUGUAACGGACAGCUCCAGGGUGUUGUCUCCUGGGGAUAUGGCUGUGCCCAGAGGAACUAUCCCGGUGUCUACACCAAGGUCUGCAACUACAACUCCUGGAUCUCCAGCACUAUGGCCAGCAACUAAACUCCUGGAUCUCCAGAACCAUGGCCAGCAACUAACUCCUGGAUCUCCAGCACCAUGGCCAGCAACUAACUCCUGGAUCUCCAGCACCAUGGCAUCCAACUAAACAUCUAUAUACUGUAUUAUAUUUAUACAGAUCAUUU